AACAGCAUUUCCCAGACUUCCGCACUGUCGGACACAUGCGUAGGGUGCCGACAGGGCAGUACCACAAUGUACUUUUAUUUAUUCCGCCGCAUUCCUGAUAUUAAACACUUCGUACCACAAUGAGUUGAGAGGCCUCGUCCGAUACGAGCGGGGUCCCGGUGUGAGCCAGGCACUGCAACGAAUCCUGUCAGGUUCCCUCUGAGUCAGGAUUUGUUCGGUUUUAUCAAGCUAAAAAUGACAAAUUGUUUCGCAGGGGGAUGCGCAGUCGGGCACGGCUGUUCGCUGGCGCCAUGCGGUUGUUCUUGCGGUGGUGUCGGCUGUGCCCAAGGCGAAGCCGCUCGAAGCUGCUGAAGCGGCCGAGGGAGCUGUGGAGCUACGGCAGGCUGAUCCUGAGGUCCCUGUACUUCAACUCGCUCACCAACUCGGACGUCAUCAUGGACUCCUUGUUCGAGCCUGUCUACUGGCUGGUGGACCACCUGACCCGCUGGUUUGGGGUGGUCUUUGUGUUCCUGGUGGUGGUGCUCACCAGCUCCGUCCUGCUGAUCAUAUACCUCAGCCUGCUGCCCCUGGCUCUUACUACCUACUCCCUUCCCUGGAUUGUGUGGCACAUAGUCUACGGGCACUGGAACCUGGUGAUGAUUGUCUUCCACUACUACAAGGCCACCAGGACCUCUCCGGGCUAUCCUCCACAGAUCAAACAUGACAUCCCUUCUGUGUCGGUGUGCAAGAAGUGCAUCACCCCCAAACCCGCCAGGACUCACCACUGCAGCAUCUGCAACAGGUGCAUACUGAAAAUGGAUCACCACUGCCCCUGGCUCAAUAACUGCGUGGGCCACUUCAACCAUCGCUAUUUCUUCUCCUUCUGCCUCUUCAUGACCAUGGGCUGCGUCUACUGCAGCAUCAGCUGCCGCAACAUGUUCUUUGAUGCUUACAGUGCAAUAGAGCGCAUGAAGAGCUUGGACUCCGAGAGGCAUGGGGUGGCAGUGACGGAGGUGGGGCUGAUUUUCAGCAUCCUGCCUCUGGGAUUCGUGUCUGGGCAGACCUACUAUCAGACUCCACCUCCUCCCUUCACCUUCAGAGAGAGGAUGUUUCAUAAGAGCAUCAUUUACCUGUGGGUGCUGACUAGCUCGGUGGCGCUAGCUCUGGGAGGCCUGACCCUGUGGCAUGCGGUGCUCAUCUCUCGAGGCGAGACCAGCAUUGAGAGGCACAUCAACCGGAAGGAGGCCCGGCGCCUGGAGAAGAGGCAUAAGGUUUUUCGAAAUCCAUUUAACUAUGGCAGGAUGAACAACUGGAAGUUGUUCUUUGGAGUGGAGAAGAAGAGUCACUGGCUGACUCGAGUCCUCCUGCCCUCGGGACACAGCCCCUACGGGGACGGCCUGACCUGGGACUACGCUCCUUACAGGAACUCCCUCGUGUCCAUCUGACGCUGUCCCGCACGGCCUCGCUGCGGGGCCCGAGCCCCAGGCUGUCCGACGUGGGGACAGACUGCAGCGCUGACUGGCGCUUGUGUAUCCUCUUCCCGCUCCCCAGAAGAUUGGUCUUUUGUUAAACCGUCAUCGCCUCCCUUUUGAAAUGAUUUCCUUGUGUCCCUGGGUGCAUUUUUAGUUAGGGGUUAAUGUGCUGGUGUGGGGGGGUGGGGUUUUACAGGUGCUGGGGUGGAAGGGCUUUCGGGACACAUUGGACUUACAGGAGCUGGGCCUCUCGUGGCAGCAGAAGGACCUGGACCAGCAGUGGCUACAGCUACAGUACCAUCAAGGAAGGGUCCAAUCUGAGCAAUAACUGCCCGUGCGAGUCUUGAAAUACUCUCUUCUUGGAUACAAUAAGCCAGGACUCAGUGGAGCUGUGCUCCAUCACAUACUGUUUGACUGUGGGUGUUUGUUAUAUUUGAUAAUUUAAAAUUAAACUUUUACAAAGUUGUUUUAAGGUUG